UAUUAAUUUUUCUCUUGUAAAAAAAAUUAUGUUUAGUGUUUAGUUACAAUUAUCGAAAUAAUUACAUGGAAAUAGAUUUUGUUUUGUAGGAGCGUAUAUAUAUAUUCAUACAAUUGCAAUCUGAGAUUCUAUUUUCCCCUUUCUUCACGAUGGAAAUGGAUUCGCUUCCGAAUGGCAACAACACCACCGGAACCCCGAUCGCCGCCGGCGCCGGCGCCAAUCCCACGGCUCCUCCGUCGUCAAACCUCCCUCAAUUGACAGAGUCUCUGAAGUUGGAGCAUCAGUUCCUGAGGGUCCCUUUUGAGCACUACAAGAAGACCAUCCGCGCCAAUCACCGCGCCGUAGAGAAAGAGAUGUCCGCUGUUAUCUCCGGCGUCACCGAUGCCGCCGCCGCUGACUUUUCCCCCGAUGACGCCGUCAACCACCUUAACUCUCUUGUCUCCCGCCUGCAAGGGCUCAAAAGGAAGUUGGAGGAAGGAAGUCUGGCAGAGCAUUUGCAAGCUCAGAAGUGUCGAGCCCGUAUCGAUCAUUUAGAGUCUGCUGAUGCAGACAAUCUGUCAGAAUGGAAUAACACUCGCUUGAAGCGGAUUCUUGUUGAUUACAUGUUGAGGAUGUCAUAUUAUGACACUGCACAGAAACUCGCCGAAUGCAACAACUUGCAGGAUCUUGUUGAUAUUGAUGUGUUCCAAGAAGCAAAAAAGGUUAUUGAUGCUUUGCAAAAUAAGGAUGUUGCACCUGCCCUAGCAUGGUGUGCUGAUAACAAACCAAGGCUGAAGAAGUCUAAGAGCAAAUUGGAGUUCCAGUUGAGACUUCAAGAGUUCAUAGAAUUGGUAAGAGCUGAGAACAACUUGAGAGCCGUCGCAUAUGCUAGGAAAUAUCUUGCGCCAUGGGGAGCCACCCACAUGAAAGAAUUGCAGCGAGUCCUCGCAACACUAGCUUUUAGAAGAGAUACUGAAUGUGCCACUUAUAAGGUCUUAUUUGAAGCUAAGCAAUGGGAUUAUCUAGUUGACCAGUUCAAACAGGAGUUCUGCAAGUUGUAUGGCAUGACAUUAGAGCCAUUGCUCAAUAUCUAUCUGCAAGCUGGCCUGUCUGCUCUCAAGACUCCAUAUUGUUACGAGGACGAUUGCACAAAAGAGGACCCUCUAUCGCAGGAGGCUUUCCGCACACUAGCCUUGCCAUUACCAUAUUCAAAGCAGCAUCACUCAAAGCUUGUCUGCUACAUAACAAAGGAGCUAAUGGACACUGAGAACCCACCACAAGUCUUGCCCAACGGAUAUGUCUACAGCACUAAGGCUCUUGAAGAGAUGGCUAAGAAGAAUAAUGGUAGAAUCAUCUGCCCUAGGUCAGGUGUAGAGUGCAACUACGGGGAUCUGAUGAAGGCAUAUAUUUCAUGAGUCUGCGUACUUGGGCUUGAUUACUGAUUGAAAAUGUUCCAUACAUUUACUUGCUUUCCAUGUUGACUUGUACAUAUGUAAGAUGUUUAAAGUGUCACUGAGAUAUGACUUAAAUGUGUGCAUACACUGAUUUUUUUUCCCCACUGGAUGAACUUCUCUGUCAUGCGACAAUAGUUUUUUCCCCACUGAAAAUGGAUAACACCUUGGAAUGAAUGAAUUCCAUCAAUGGAAGUACGUUCCUUUUGUUA